GCCACCUGAAACUGGGUGCCGCCGUGCUGCAGUUCACGGCGCAGCAGCCUGGUGUCUGCUUCUUCAGACUUUGUUCCCAGCAGGCCGCGCGGAAGCCACUUGAUGCUCUGUUUCAGGCGCAGCGCUACGAGAUUGCGGUGUGACAGAAUCACCUUGGCAUCAUUAUCUAUCUUCUGCAACCAGGACCGGCCAAUGGCGGUAGCUGGCUCGCCUUCAGCCAGCCGAGAGAGACAGCAUCUCUGUGGAGUACACUAUUACACCGUCCGCUGGAAGACCUGGCCGAACUCACAAUGCUGUACACUACCCGGAAAGCCAACCGUAUGCUCCAGCUGCCCCUCGCAGAGAACUGUGGGGAUCGGCUUCUCUCCGCCUGAAACCCGGGGCAAGGUGACGGACAUUCCGCAUGAUCAAUCUCACUCCUCCAGAAGUCAGCCAGAAGAGCUAGAUGCUCUAACCAAGACGGCUCUGAUCGAGCUCUCGCUCUCGCUCAGUGGUGUAAAAACAGAUCAACUGUACGCGAAAAUUGAGAGCAAACAGCACAAAUUCAACUGGUUGGGCUUCGAGAGACCAUCGAGAUGCGGAUAGCUCGUUGAUGCUUCUGAAGAUCGAGUCACUG